AUGGCGCAAACGGAAACAGACGAUCUGCGCAGGCGAAGGAAAGAGUUUAUUCUAGAAAAUAGCUUAAAUAAGCAAGACGAUGAUAAAAAACCAAAACCAGAAUUUAUGCUUCGAGAAUCGCCUUUAACAGCACUCGUUGAACGAUCUCUUCACAUAAGAGCUAUUUACCACAUAUUUGUAGUUAUACUACUGAUAUUAUUUUGCGACACGAUGAUAUAUGACUUCGUAGAACGUGGAAAGAUAAACAUUGGAGUAACGACUAUAGUUCAUGGAUUCGGUGACAUACGACGUGGCGCGAAAAUAUGGUUGUUCGAGCUUGCAGUCGCGCUUGCCUUCUAUCCGCUAUUAAGAAUAUACGCUUUACCUCAAAAGCUUUUUAAAAACUUUCCAGCUGCUCGCAAAAUAUGGUCCAUCUUGGGUAUACUGGGAGUAGUACUUUUAGAAGUAGUAGUGAUCGCAGUACCUACUUGGGACCUAGCCAAAGAGCAUCUCGCAAUUGGUUCUUCGGUCGCCGUGACGUUUGAAAUGUUCAGGUUAGCAAUGAAAAUACAUGCUGCGGCCGUGGCCUGUGCUCCCCGAUGUUCAGAUGAUGGAACACCGCUGCCAACCUUCAAACAUUACGUUUACUUCCUGUUUGCACCCACAUUAGUAUAUAGAGAUGAAUAUCCAAGGACAAAGAAAAUUAGAUGGAGUGUUGUAUUAUGCCAUUUUAUGGAAGUAGCGGCUAUUAUAUUUUACAACAGUUUUCUUUGGGAGAGAUUCAUUUUACCGUACUGGUCGGAUUACGGGAAAGAAGCGAGAGUAGAAGCCGGUACCGUUGUGCGUGGAAUGUUUGCAUGUGUGCUACCAGGCGUUAUUUCUUUUCUAUGUGGUUUUUACUGUCUUCUUCAUGCUUGGCUUAAUGCUUUUGCUGAGAUGCUGAAAUUUGGCGACAGACUCUUUUACGAAGAGUGGUGGACGGCUUCUCAAUUCUCUUGGUUCUACCGCGCGUGGAACCGUGUUGUCUACUCAUGGUUACGUGAUCAUAUAUACCGACCACUCGCACCGCUAGCCGGCAGCAGCAUUUCUACUUUCGUCGUCAUUGCUGUAUCAUCUGUCGCACACGAGUUUAUAUUGACCCUUUCAUUUGGUUUCUUUUACCCUGUGCUUCUCAUGGAGUUCGGAGUGUUUGGGCUAAUUAUGUUGCCACUCACGGCUUCCAGUGGACGUCGCUUCCCAAGUGCCCUCAAUCUUUGUAUUUGGCUAUGCCUGUUUGUUGGAAACGGUAUUUUCUGGAGCCUUUAUCCGAUGGAAUAUUUUGCCCGAAAAAAUUGUCCGCCUUCAGAAAACGAUAGCUUUUUCAUACCGAAAUCUUGGUCUUGUCCGGAAAUAGUUCUUAAACCAAAUUGGGCUUUUCAAAAUCCUUUUACUUUACUUACUAAUUACGAUUAA